ACCGACUAAAGUCCAGCAUUUUAAACUCAGCCCCCUUUUCCUUAAACCAAGCCAACCUGUUGCGAGUCUCAGCAGUGAAGGGUGUUGGCUGCCUGGGAGAAAGUUCCUCAUUUUUGCCGCUGUUGAACAUAACGUGUGAGAGGUAAACAGCCUCAAGCUUGAAGAUGUCAAAGAUCUGUGCUUUGGUGUUGAUGACACUUGUCUCCCUGGUAUUUGCAGAAGGGCAGAACUCUGAAGAUGACCCAUUUACCUUUGACUACCACAGACUGCGUGUUGGAGGCCUGAUUCUAGCUGCUGUCCUCUGUCUCAUUGGCAUCACCAUCCUGUUCAGUGGCCACUGCAGGUGCAAGUUCAACCAGGACAAGAGAAGGAGGACAGGAAGCAAUGCUCAGCAGAUGCUCAAUGACCAAGGUCGCGCUUGUGAUUGCUAGACGUCACCCAGAACACAAUGACUUCCCGAACCUGCAACCGACAGAUCACAGGGGCAGAAGAGGGCAGCCGCACGUCGAUUUGUAACACCCAACGAGAGGCUUUUGUUUUAUCGUUACAGAAAGCAACAGGAAGUAGUUUGCUGUGUACCUAUUGUGAGUUGUGAUGUUUUCUGCCUGAUGAUUGAGCUACUGAUCUGCGGCCUGCUCCUCUACACACACACACUCGGACAUACACACACUUGUACACACAAUUUUUGUCACUUUCAUUUCAAUCAAUUGAACCUUUUUGUUGUUUAGAAGUUGAAACAGUUCUUCAACUUUUGAGAAAUCCCACUGUAACAGAAAUGAAAUGUUUUGUCAUUCAUUGUUGAAUUGUAUUUGUGUUCAUAGAUUUUGAUUGAACUGAAGGCGACUUCAAACAACUGUAACACAAACCUAUUACCAAAAAAAUUCCUUAAGUGUCCACAUAUUGUAGGUGGUGUCAAUGUCUCACACUACUUCUGUUGUCUGUAUUGUAUGUGUAAGAUAAACAUGGAUGUAGAUAUUAGUUGCUUUUAUUGUGACCAACCUAAUCCACUGUCCCUGCUUUCAUGUCAGAUACAUCAAAUACAAAUAGUCAUAUAUUUAGAGCGGUGUUGAUAAUUCAUGAUAAUCUUUUAAUUCUCAUGUUUAGCUUUAUGGAGGAAUGUAGUGGAUUGCACAGGUCAGAGAUACAGAACGAGUCUGUCAUGUUUCUAUAAAAGAACUAUUAAAACAACUAUGAACAAUG